UUUACUUAAGGCACCACGCCGAAAAUCCAAUAUGGCGGGUCUUAACGUUGGAGAUUCGUUAGUGGCAUGAGUUUUUUCCACUCAAUUUGUUUAUUUGGCUCAGGUUAAUUGAUAUUAUGCGAUUCUAAGAGGAUUUAUUCGAGGAGCGAGAAUAAUAAGGAAUCAUAAUGUCGAUUCCACCUUAUCAUCUGCUGGGCCCGAACCCCUGGGCAACGAUGAUGGCCCAGCAACAAGCACACGCCCAGUUGGCAGCAGCCCAGGCACAUGCUCACGCAGCAGCACAUGCCCAGGCAGCUCACCACGCUCACAUGCAGGCGAUGGCCACAGGUCCACCACUUCCCCAACUGCCAAAGCAGCCAGAGGUCCUCUCCGAGGACAAACUCCAGGAGAAGGCCCAGAAGUGGCAACAGCUUCAGUCAAAACGUUUUGCAGAGAAACGUAAAUUUGGAUUCGUUGAUGCUCAAAAAGAGGACAUGCCUCCUGAGCACAUCAGGAAGAUCAUCAGGGAUCAUGGAGACAUGAGCAGUAGGAAGUAUCGGCAUGAUAAAAGAGUGUACCUGGGGGCACUAAAGUACAUGCCCCACGCUGUCAUGAAGCUCUUGGAGAACAUGCCCAUGCCCUGGGAGCAGAUCAGAGAUGUCAAAGUUCUCUAUCACAUCACUGGUGCUAUCACCUUUGUGAAUGAGAUCCCCUGGGUGAUUGAGCCAGUCUAUAUUGCGCAAUGGGGCACCAUGUGGAUUAUGAUGAGGCGUGAAAAGAGGGACAGAAGACACUUCAAGCGCAUGAGGUUUCCACCGUUCGACGAUGAGGAACCACCGCUAGAUUAUGCUGACAAUGUUCUAGAUGUUGAACCCCUGGAGGCCAUUCAGAUCGAGUUGGAUUCUGAAGAAGAUGCCAGUGUUGCAAAUUGGUUUUACGAACACAAGCCAUUGGUUGGAACGAAACAUGUGAAUGGAUCAACCUAUCGUCGAUGGAACCUCAGCCUUCCCCAGAUGGCGACUCUCUAUCGUCUAGCGAAUUCCCUCCUGACUGAUCUCGUUGACCAGAACUUCUUCUACUUGUUCGACCCCAAGUCAUUCUUCACAGCGAAAGCCCUGAACAUGGCUAUUCCUGGAGGUCCCAAAUUCGAACCUCUAGUCAAGGACUCCAAUGCUGCUGAUGAAGACUGGAACGAGUUCAAUGAUAUCAAUAAGAUCAUUAUCAGGCAGCCCAUCAGGACUGAGUACAGGAUUGCCUUUCCGUAUUUGUACAACAACAUGCCGCACUUUGUGCAUUUGUCUUGGUACCACGCCCCCAAUGUCGUCUACAUAAAAACGGAAGAUCCCGAUCUCCCCGCAUUUUACUUCGACCCUCUGAUAAAUCCCAUUUCCCAUCGUAACUCCCUUAAAACAAUCGAGCCUGUGCUCGACGACGAGGAGGAUUUUACCCUGGACGAUGAAGUCCAACCAUUCCUUCAAGAGACUCCCCUCUACACGGACAAUACCGCCAAUGGUAUUGCCCUCCUGUGGGCGCCGCGUCCUUUCAACACUCGCUCAGGUCGCACUCGUCGUGCCAUUGACAUUCCCCUGGUCAAGUCUUGGUACAGAGAGCAUUGUCCCCCAGGUCAGCCAGUUAAAGUGAGGGUAAGCUACCAAAAGCUCCUCAAGUACUUUGUUCUCAAUGCCUUGAAACACCGUCAUCCCAAGCCCCAGAAGAAACGCUACCUCUUCCGCUCUUUCAAAUCCACCAAAUUCUUUCAAACAACGACGAUCGACUGGGUCGAGGCAGGCCUUCAGGUAUGUCGUCAAGGUUACAACAUGUUGAAUCUUCUGAUUCACCGAAAGAACUUGAACUAUCUUCAUCUUGAUUACAACUUCAAUUUGAAACCGGUGAAGACACUUACCACGAAAGAGCGUAAAAAAUCACGAUUUGGUAACGCUUUCCAUCUGUGUCGAGAGAUACUUCGACUGACCAAACUCAUAAUCGACUCGCAUGUGCAGUAUCGACUGAACAAUGUCGACGCUUUUCAAUUAGCUGACGGUCUUCAAUACAUAUUCGCUCACGUUGGUCAGCUGACAGGUAUGUAUCGAUACAAGUACAAGCUCAUGAGACAAAUCAGAAUGUGCAAAGACUUGAAACAUCUCAUCUACUAUCGAUUCAAUACCGGUCCUGUGGGUAAGGGACCAGGAUGUGGAUUUUGGGCACCAGGAUGGAGGGUCUGGUUGUUCUUCAUGAGAGGUAUCACUCCCUUGUUGGAGCGGUGGCUAGGAAAUCUACUGUCUCGUCAGUUCGAGGGACGACACUCGAAGGGAGUUGCCAAGACAGUAACUAAACAACGAGUUGAGUCCCACUUUGAUCUGGAAUUGCGAGCAUCAGUUAUGCACGAUAUUGUCGACAUGAUGCCAGAGGGUAUUAAACAGAAUAAGGCCCGAACGAUUCUUCAGCAUCUGUCGGAGGCCUGGAGAUGCUGGAAAGCAAAUAUUCCAUGGAAAGUACCAGGUCUGCCAAUUCCCAUCGAGAAUAUGAUCCUCAGGUACGUCAAGAUGAAGGCUGAUUGGUGGACAAAUACAGCUCAUUACAAUCGGGAGAGAAUCAGGAGAGGAGCGACUGUUGAUAAAACUGUCUGCAAGAAGAAUCUGGGAAGACUCACUCGACUAUACUUGAAGGCUGAACAGGAACGACAACACAAUUACCUAAAAGAUGGACCUUACAUCAGUCCUGAAGAAGCUGUCGCCAUCUAUACAACGACUGUCCAUUGGCUAGAGUCAAGGAGAUUUGCGCCUAUUCCAUUUCCACCGCUCUCCUACAAACACGACACAAAGCUCCUCAUUCUUGCCCUGGAACGACUGAAGGAAGCUUACUCAGUUAAAUCACGACUCAAUCAGAGUCAAAGAGAGGAGCUCGGUCUCAUCGAACAGGCGUAUGACAAUCCUCAUGAGGCUCUGUCCAGAAUCAAGCGUCAUCUGUUGACUCAACGAGCCUUUAAAGAAGUGGGCAUUGAAUUCAUGGAUCUCUACAGUCAUCUCAUACCAGUCUACGAUGUUGAACCACUCGAGAAGAUCACAGACGCCUACUUGGAUCAGUAUCUCUGGUACGAGGCUGACAAGAGGAGAUUGUUUCCACCCUGGGUCAAGCCCUCAGAUACUGAACCUCCACCACUUUUAGUUUACAAGUGGUGUCAGGGGAUUAACAAUCUUCAAGAUGUCUGGGACGUCUCAGAAGGAGAAUGCAAUGUUCUUCUGGAAUCGAAGUUUGAAAAGUUGUACGAGAAGAUUGACUUGACACUUCUCAAUCGACUUCUACGUUUGAUCGUCGAUCACAACAUCGCUGAUUACAUGACAGCCAAGAACAAUGUUGUCAUAAACUACAAGGACAUGAAUCACACCAAUUCCUAUGGCAUCAUCAGGGGAUUGCAAUUCGCCUCGUUUAUCGCCCAAUACUACGGACUUGUUCUUGAUCUUCUCGUACUGGGAUUGCAGAGAGGAAGCGAGAUGGCAGGACCUCCUCAGAUGCCCAACGAUUUCCUCACGUUCCAAGACACUGACUCUGAAACUGCUCAUCCCAUCAGACUAUACUGCAGAUACGUCGAUAGAAUUCAUCUCUUCUUGAGAUUUACAUCGGAUGAGGCCAGAGACUUGAUUCAGAGGUAUCUCACGGAGCAUCCUGAUCCUAACAACGAAAAUAUUGUGGGCUACAAUAACAAAAAAUGCUGGCCGAGGGACGCAAGGAUGAGACUCAUGAAACAUGAUGUCAAUUUGGGAAGAGCCGUUUUCUGGGAUAUAAAGAAUCGCUUGCCCAGAUCUACCACCACGAUUCAGUGGGAGAACAGCUUCGUUUCGGUUUACUCCAAGGACAAUCCCAACUUGUUGUUCAACAUGAGUGGAUUUGAGUGCCGGAUCUUGCCCAAAUGCAGGACAACUCAUGAGGAGUUUAAUCAUAAAGACGGUGUAUGGAAUCUUCAGAAUGAAGUGACUAAAGAAAGGACUGCUCAGUGCUUCCUGAGGGUUGACGACGAGAGUUUACAAAGAUUCCAUAACAGGGUCAGGCAGAUACUCAUGGCGUCUGGAUCAACGACAUUCACAAAGAUCGUUAACAAAUGGAAUACUGCACUUAUUGGGCUAAUGACGUACUUCAGGGAGGCGGUGGUCAACACUCAAGAGCUGUUGGAUUUGUUGGUGAAAUGUGAGAAUAAGAUACAGACCAGGAUUAAGAUUGGAUUGAACUCGAAAAUGCCUUCGCGGUUUCCCCCAGUGGUUUUCUACACUCCCAAGGAGUUAGGAGGAUUGGGAAUGUUGUCCAUGGGGCACGUUUUGAUUCCCCAGAGUGAUCUCAGAUGGUCUAAACAGACAGACGUUGGCAUCACUCACUUCAGAUCUGGAAUGUCCCAUGACGAGGAUCAACUUAUUCCCAAUCUCUAUCGAUACAUUCAGCCUUGGGAGUCUGAGUUUAUUGAUUCUCAGAGAGUCUGGGCUGAGUAUGCACUAAAGCGUCAGGAAGCCAAUGCUCAGAAUCGUCGUCUGACUUUGGAAGACUUGGAAGACUCCUGGGAUCGAGGAAUCCCCAGAAUCAACACUCUCUUCCAGAAAGAUCGUCAUACCUUGGCAUACGACAAAGGCUGGCGUAUUCGUACAGAAUUUAAGCAGUAUCAAGUUUUAAAACAAAAUCCAUUCUGGUGGACUCAUCAGCGUCACGAUGGUAAACUAUGGAACCUCAACAACUAUAGAACAGACAUGAUUCAGGCACUGGGUGGUGUCGAGGGUAUUCUCGAGCACACUCUCUUCAAAGGAACCUAUUUCCCGACCUGGGAGGGUCUCUUCUGGGAGAAAGCCUCCGGCUUCGAGGAGUCCAUGAAGUACAAAAAACUCACUAAUGCCCAGAGAUCUGGUCUCAACCAGAUACCUAACAGAAGAUUCACCCUUUGGUGGUCCCCUACCAUUAAUCGUGCUAACGUAUACGUAGGAUUCCAAGUGCAACUUGAUCUCACUGGUAUUUUCAUGCACGGCAAGAUUCCAACUCUAAAGAUCUCGUUGAUCCAAAUUUUCAGGGCCCAUUUGUGGCAGAAGGUCCACGAAUCCAUCGUCAUGGAUCUUUGUCAGGUAUUCGAUCAGGAGCUCGAUGCUCUCGAGAUUGAGACAGUGCAGAAGGAGACAAUUCAUCCCAGAAAAUCCUACAAGAUGAACUCCUCUUGUGCUGACAUCUUGCUUUUCUCAGCUUACAAAUGGAACGUUAGUCGUCCCUCUCUCCUCGCCGAUUCUAAAGAUGUCAUGGAUAAUGUGACAACGCAGAAGUACUGGAUCGAUGUACAGCUGAGGUGGGGUGACUACGAUUCUCACGACGUGGAACGUUACGCAAGAGCCAAAUUCAUGGAUUAUACGUCCGACAAUAUGUCGAUUUAUCCUUCCCCUACGGGACUGCUUAUCGCUAUUGAUCUGGCUUAUAAUUUGCACUCAGCGUACGGUAACUGGUUCCCAGGAUGCAAACCACUUAUUCAACAGGCUAUGGCCAAGAUUAUGAAGGCUAAUCCAGCGCUUUAUGUUUUGAGGGAACGAAUCAGGAAGGCCCUUCAACUUUACUCGUCAGAACCGACCGAGCCUUAUUUGUCGUCUCAGAAUUAUGGAGAGUUGUUCAGCAACCAAAUCAUUUGGUUCGUUGAUGAUACAAACGUCUACCGGGUUACCAUUCAUAAGACGUUCGAAGGAAACUUGACAACUAAACCCAUUAACGGCGCCAUCUUCAUUUUCAAUCCUCGCACAGGUCAGCUAUUCCUGAAGAUUAUUCACACGUCUGUUUGGGCAGGGCAGAAACGUCUGGGACAGCUUGCCAAGUGGAAGACUGCUGAGGAAGUUGCUGCACUGAUUCGUUCCCUUCCCGUUGAGGAACAACCGAAGCAGAUUAUUGUCACGAGAAAGGGUAUGUUGGAUCCUCUCGAGGUUCAUCUACUCGAUUUCCCAAACAUUGUGAUCAAGGGGUCAGAGCUGCAACUUCCCUUCCAGGCGUGUCUCAAAGUCGAGAAAUUUGGUGAUCUUAUUCUCAAAGCAACUGAACCUCAGAUGGUUCUGUUCAAUCUUUAUGAUGAUUGGUUGAAGACUAUCUCGUCAUACACAGCGUUCAGCAGAUUGAUUCUCAUUCUGAGGGCACUUCACGUGAAUACUGAAAGGACUAAGGUAGUUCUCAAGCCGGACAAGACCACCAUAACUGAGCCCCAUCACAUCUGGCCGUCUUUGACGGAUGAUGAGUGGAUAAAGGUUGAAGUUCAGCUGAAGGAUCUCAUUCUUGCUGACUAUGGAAAGAAGAAUAACGUCAAUGUUGCGUCCUUGACACAGUCUGAGAUCAGGGACAUCAUCCUGGGAAUGGAAAUAUCGGCGCCGUCUGCACAGAGACAACAGAUUGCGGAGAUUGAGAAACAGACGAAGGAGCAGUCACAACUAACAGCCACUACAACGAGAACUGUUAACAAGCAUGGAGAUGAAAUCAUCACUGCUACUACCUCCAAUUAUGAGACUCAGGCGUUCUCCAGCAAGACUGAGUGGAGGGUCAGGGCCAUCUCAGCUACUAAUCUUCAUCUUAGGACUAAUCAUAUUUAUGUGUCGAGCGAUGACAUUAAGGAGACUGGCUACACUUAUAUCUUGCCGAAGAAUGUCCUCAAGAAGUUCGUCACUAUUUCUGAUCUCAGGGCACAGAUUUCGGGAUAUUUGUAUGGAAUUUCACCACCGGACAAUCCACAGGUGAAGGAAAUCCGUUGUAUCGUGAUGCCACCACAGUGGGGUACCCAUCAAGUCGUCCAUCUUCCAAACUCCCUCCCAAAUCAUCAGUAUCUGAAGGAGAUGGAGCCAUUGGGGUGGAUUCACACACAACCCAACGAACUUCCUCAACUAUCUCCCCAAGAUAUUUCUACUCAUGCUAAGAUUAUGGCUGAGAAUACGGUGUGGGAUGGAGAGAAGACAAUCGUCAUCACCUGCAGUUUCACCCCAGGGUCAUGUUCACUGACUGCGUACAAAUUGACACCCAGUGGAUUUGAAUGGGGAAAGCAGAACACAGACUGUGGAAAUAAUCCCAAGGGUUAUCUGCCCAGUCAUUACGAGAAGGUUCAGAUGCUGUUGAGUGACAGGUUCCUUGGAUUCUUCAUGGUACCGAGUCAGGGCAGUUGGAACUAUAACUUUAUGGGGGUGAGGCAUGAACCCAGCAUGAAGUAUGAAUUGCAACUGGCUAAUCCUAAAGAGUUUUAUCAUGAGGUCCACCGACCUGCGCACUUCCUGCUGUUUGCUGAUCUCGAGGAUGGGGGCAGUGGUGUUGGAGCAGAUCGAGAAGACACAUUCGCAUAAAUUUUUGAUGAGUUGACGUUUUGAACGGGUGUAAAUAUGAUACAUUUUUGGAGGGAGGUUAUGAGGAAAUUUUGAUUUUUGUACAGAAUCUUCUGAUUUUAGUGAGUAUUGAUGAGUAUCGUAAUGUAUUUCAUGUGUAAUUGAGUUAGCAUUGAAUAAAUGACAUUUUCAUGAA